UGUAUUCUCAUCGUCAGAUUGUUCGAUACUUCUCUCAGAAGAGGAUCAACAAGUUAUUAGUGUUAAUUUUUCAGACAGUGUAUUGACGAAAUUUAAUUAAUAUUAUAUUUAUUCGGAAAUCAUAUUUCAUAACAAUGAUUGAAAGAAAUGUGUGUAUUCUUUUUAUUUCUUUUAUAUUAAUUAAUCAAUUAUUCACCCCAGUAUUAUUAGAAGUAACAUUUCUGGAUAAUCCGGAAAAUAUUCGACUUUAUCGAUUGUUUCGUAUUGGAAUUUAUAAACUUCUUGGUUCUACAAGUACUUCAGAAAGAUUAUUGAAAAGAGCCAAAGAGUUAAAUACAACGCAAAAACAGUUUGCAGAAAAUGUUUCUUUUCCGUGCGACGUUAAAGGCUGGAGAUCAGAUAUUACACCCACAAGUGUUAAUCGUUUAAAACCAGGUGACAUAGAUAUUAUUGCAUCUAUGGGGGAUUCUUUGUCUUCUGGAGCAGGAAUAUUUGGAUCGAACAUUUUUCAGGUUUUGAUCGAUAAUAGAGGAAUUGUUGCUGCUGGUGGUGGCCAAGAUACAUGGAGAAAAUAUUUGACUUUGCCCAAUAUACUUAAGGAAUUUAAUCCAAAUCUAUACGGUUAUGCUACAGGGGAUUCUUCAACGUUACAUAAGGCUUCCAAACUAAAUGUUGCCGAGGUUGGAGGUAUAUCAAGUGAUAUGCCUUAUAUGGCAUCGGUGCUUAUUAAAAGAUUAAAAUCUGACCCUCAAAUAAAUAUGCAAAAACAUUGGAAGCAUAUUUCAUUGAUGAUCGGAGGCAAUGAUUUUUGCUUAUUCAUGUGUACGGUCCCGACGAAUGAAUUUUUGGCAAAUCACGAACGAGACAUUGUGGAAACUCUAAGGAUACUUCGGGACAAUGUACCAAGAACUUUUGUGUCUCUUAUUAUACCACCACAUUUAAAAACACUUGUUGACAAUCGACUCAAGGGAAGACCAUCCCUUUAUUGUGAAUUACUCAAUGACUUUUCAUGUCCUUGUUUAUUUGGUUAUAUGCGUGCCAAUAAGAGACAAGAGUAUUACAAAAUUAUGGAAAGGUGGCAAGAAAUAGAUAUCAAAGUAAGUAGAUAUCCUGAAUUUCAAAAAGAUGAUUUUGCGGUAGUGGCUCAACCAGUCUUGAAAAAAUUAGAAUAUCCAACAGGUGACGAUGGAUAUAAAGAUCCAUCAUAUUUCACCAUUGAUUGCUUCCACGCAUCGCAAAAAAGUAAUUCUUUAUAUGCUGUUAACCUUUGGAAUAAUUUAAUCACACCUUACAAAGACAAGGCAGUUGGGUUCAUUACAACUGAAUUAAAGUGUCCUACUAAGGAAAAUCCUUAUUUAUUUACUUAUAAUAAUGAAGGGCUCACCGAAGAUUCCAAAUGAAAUACUUUAAAUUAUUCUAAUAAAAUAUUUUUCAAGAA